CCAAGAGGAGGUGGUCAUACGAGCCUCCUCCUAGUCCUCUACGCCGCCAGAGGCUGGUGACUGCCCACGGCGAGCAUAGGAUGAUAGCAACUGGCAACUGGGCACAAUACGUCAGCGACGUGAAGGACAGCUUGGCGGACCAACCUCACAAGCGCAAGAAGUUCGAACAGUUCCCGAGGGAGCUGAAGCAAGGCUACGUGUCAGUGAUGCAUCAGCAGUAUCAUUUACAAGAAUUUACUGCUUCUUUCUGUUCUGAGUUGUGAUGAUUAGGUUGAAUCCUGUUAAUUUUGCAGAAUUAGUUAUCUGGCCAGAAGCAUGAAGGACGUGUUAGAUGGGCAACCUGAGCUCAUCCGCCGGUUCAAUGUUUUCUUGCCCAUUCAUUGCCAGAUCGAACUCAAGAAGCCGGAUGAGGAUGAUGGUGAGCAGAGUGGAAAUGACGAGGAUCACGAUAAGCAGAGUGGAAAUGAUGAGGAUGGCGAUAAGCAGGGUAGAAAUGAUGUUGAUGGAAAGAGUAGAAGUGAUGGGCCUGAUAAUGAGCACCAUGGAUGCAAUGGGGAUGAUGAUGAUGAGCAGACUGGAAGAGAUGUGGAAACAACAAAUUAUCAAGUUCAAAAGCCUCUCGGGAGGGCCCAAGCCACUUCGCAAGGGCCUCGCCUCCGGCACUCUCCUCCUGACCUGGGUGUUGUGGAAACAUCGCAACCAGUGUAUUUUCGAUGGAGCUCGACCUUCGAUGAUGUCCCUCAUCACAAAGAUGGAUGAGGUGGCACUGUGGGAAAGGGCUGGUGUG